AUGCCAGCGACGAAGAAGAAGUUGUAUGAUACACAUAGACCCAUCUCAAAAAUAGAGAGAGCAGUUUUGACAGUUGCUUCUGCCUUUACUGCUUUGAAUAACCCUCUACGUGGAGAUAUGGUAGCUACAUUAGGUGAAACAACCGGUCAGCUAUUCUUGAGGCGCUUACGAGACCAGAUGCUACAAUCACCUACCGGCAGACGUAUUCUACGUGAAAGACCCAUCAUUAAUACCAAAACCAUUCACUUUGACAAAUUGAAGCAGACAUGUGCACCGGGCACUUUUGGCCACGAGUACAUCACUUGGCUGGAAGCGCAAGGAGUUACGCCCGAUACAAGGCGUGACGUACACUACGUCGAUGAUGAAGAGCUAGCUUACGUGAUGAAGCGUUAUCGCGAAAUUCAUGAUUUCUUCCAUGUAUUGACUGGAUUAGGAGUGACGGUAGAGGAAGAGGUGGCCCUCAAAUGGUUCGAGUGGGCUCAAACAGGUCUCCCAAUGACCAUGCUGGCAUCUCUAUUUGGCCCUCUGAGAUUGACAUGGCCGGAACGUCGAAGAUUAUACGGCGGUUAUGUUCCAUGGGCCAUCCAGUGCGGAAGUACAUGUGGACCGUUAAUGAACGUUUAUUAUGAAGAACAUUUCCAUACCCCAAUGGAUACAUUCAGAAAGCAGCUUGGAAUUAGGCUAGCUCCUCAAUACGCAAUUCAUCAGAGAGAGCCACAACAAUAG